AUGAAAAACAUGAACAAUGUAACAGAAUUCAUCCUGCUGGGCCUCACUCACAAUCCAGAACUGCAGAAACUCUUGUUUAUUAUGUUUUUAAUCACCUACUUGAUCACAUUGGCAGGUAACCUGCUCAUCUCAGUCAUCAUCUUCAUCAGCCCAGCCCUGGAUUCUCCCAUGUAAUUUUUUCUGUCCUGUUUGUCCAUUAGAGAUGUUUUCUACUCUUCUUCCAUAGCCCCUAAAAUGAUCUUUGACUUGAUCUCUGAAAAGAACACCAUAUCCUUCAAUGGCUGCAUGACUCAGCUCUUCGCAGAACAUUUCUUUGCGGCAGCUGAGAUCAUCUUAUUAAGUGUCAUGGCCUACGACUGCUAUGUGGCCAUCUGUAAGCCCUUGCACUAUGCAACCAUCAUGAGUCAACCUACGUGUGGAUUCCUGAUGGGGGUGGCUGGGAUUCUGGGAUUUGUGCAUGGAGGGAUCCAGACUUUGUUCAUAGCCCAGUUACCAUUCUGUGGCCCCAAUGUCAUCGACCACUUUAUGUGUGAUUUAGUACCUCUUCUAGAGCUGGCCUGCACAGACACUCACACCUUGGGGCCUCUGAUAGCUGCCAACAGUGGAUCAUUGUGUUUCCUCAUUUUUUCCAUGCUGGUUGCUUCCUAUGUCAUCAUCCUGUGCUCCCUAAGGACUCAUAUCUCUGAAGGGCGUCACAAAGCUCUGUCUAGUUGUACCUCUCAUAUCUUUGUUGUCAUCUUAUUCUUUGUCCCUUGUUCAUACCUGUAUCUGAGACCUCUAACCUCCUUCCCCACUGACAAAGCUGUGACUGUGUUUUGCACCCUAUUUACACCUAUGUUGAACCCUUUAAUCUACACCCUCAAAAAUAAGCAAGUGAAAAAUGUCAUUGAGAAGCUCUGGAAGCACAUAAUGAAAACUGAUAAUAAAUAA